GCCCAACAGCGAGAGGGGGCUGAACCUCGCGCAGAAGCCGAUCUGUCCCGUGCAGAAAAACAGUUACAGAGAAGCGAUCUCCUGCUGGAAGUGCUUAUUAAAAGAUCUGCUCCAUAUCAGCCCUGAAUAAUUCAAAGAUAUCGCCUACAAUGGAAGAUGGCAGGGAAACAGCUGCGAUGAGAGAGCAAAAACGGAAGGAUCGACAAAUAGGCUCUGAAUUGAUCGCGCAAAAUAAUAAAGAUCGGUGGUGUCACACAAUUGAUGAUACUCAAGCCUUGGAGAAUACAGACAGUGACAUUGGUUUGUGUGGUUGGAUCCUGGUGCUUUUCUCCAUCCUGCUCACGUUGCUGACCCUGCCUCUCUCCAUAUGGAUGUGCAUUAAGAUAGUGAAGGAAUAUGAAAGGGCAAUUAUAUUUCGUCUGGGACGCAUUUUACGAGGAGGAGCCAAAGGGCCAGGUCUUUUCUUUAUCUUGCCGUGCACGGACAGCUUUAUCAAUGUGGAUAUGCGCACCAUCACCUUUGAUAUCCCCCCUCAGGAGGUGCUGACAAAGGACUCUGUGACAGUGAGUGUAGAUGGUGUAGUCUACUACCGUGUUCAAAACGCAACACUGGCAGUAGCCAACAUCACCAAUGCUGAUGCAGCCACUCGUCUGUUGGCACAGACCACCCUGAGGAACGUGCUGGGUACAAAGAACCUGGCAGAGAUCCUGUCUGACCGGGAGGAAAUCGCCCACAGUAUGCAGUCCACACUAGAUGAUGCCACAGAUGACUGGGGUAUUAAAGUAGAACGUGUGGAGAUUAAGGACGUCAAACUGCCCCUUCAGCUCCAGAGGGCCAUGGCGGCAGAGGCUGAAGCAACCAGAGAGGCCAGAGCUAAGGUGAUAGCCGCUGAGGGGGAAAUGAAUGCAUCACGGGCACUGAAGGAGGCAUCUCUGGUGAUCGCAGAGUCCCCCUCUGCUUUGCAGCUGCGCUACCUCCAGACCCUCAACACCAUCGCAGCGGAGAAGAACUCCACCAUCAUUUUCCCUCUUCCUAUUGACAUGAUGCAGUCCUUCAUAAAGCACUGAACUAAGAGCCACAUAAAGCUACCUACACACACACACACACACACACACACACACAUACAGAUGCAUCCAUGCAGAAAUGAACAGACUGAUGUUAUAUAACAUGCACUCAUGUGAAUAUAAUGUACAGCCGGGCCCAGAAGUCUGAGACCACAUUGAAUUCUGGUAUUCAAUUUUUGAAAACUUAAAACUAAGAAACAUCAUUACGUGAAAAUAUGUGAGGUUGUAUUUGCAAAUUGUUCAUCAAAUUGGUAAUCGUGUGACUGUACAGAUAGUCAGAUGUUCAAAAUGCUCUUGGGAUCAUCUCAAAUAAUUCUGGAGAACGUUUAUCAAGUUUUACACAAAACAAUUUAACCACUCAAAUUGUUAUUCUGAUAAUGUAUUAUAUUAGAAAAAUGCAAAAUAGAAACAUUUUCACUAGUGUUCUCAUAUUUGGACCCUACUGUACAUAGACCACAUAAGCACAGCCUGAUGUGUGAUCUGUAGAUGUUCCUAGUAAAGACAUGUUCACUCUGUCUGAAGUAAAUCUAAUACAGCCAAACAAUAUGAAAGUCAUAAAAUAUUUGCUAAAUUAGAGGCCAAUUAAAAAAUAAAAAAAACACAUUGUUGCUUUGUUUUAAACUUUUUUUUUUUUUUUUUUUAAUGCAUAUCGAGAAUUUGGACUUGAAGUGAAUAGGCCUUACAAAUUGAAAUUGUGUACAAUUUCUCUGGUUGUAACAAGAAUAGUAGAGCGAUACAGACCAGUGCUGGUUGAUCUUUGAGAUACUGAAUAUUGCAAUGUGAUGUUUGGCUUUUUGGUUGAUCGGUUAUGGAACAUCUCCUGGUCAUAUGAGUGUGUGUGUGUGUGUUUCAGGCAUAUGUAACCUAACCUGCUUGAUUGCCAAACAGAUAAUAAACCGUCUAAAGGAAUAUGUGGAUAGUAUCAGGUGUCAAAACACAAAACUGACAGCAGUGCUUAUUGUGCCUACCAGUUUUUCUCGCUUUCUUGAACCUUUAUUAACGCUGACUGUCAAUAUAAAAGCCUUAAGCCAUAUCCAUUUCAAUUACUGAAUUAAUAUGUACAGGUUUACAUGAUGUUGGUUGAUUUUUAAAACCACAAUGCAUUUGUACAUCCAUUUCCUGUCACAUUAAUAUUUUAUCGCUUGGUUUAUGAAAUCUUUUAUCUAACGGUUUUAUCUACCAGACAUUUACAUACACGUAAUAUGAUAUUUUUACAUCAAACUUCAGCUGAAAACAAAUUAAGCCUAUAGAGGUCAAUGUUUGUGCUUUUAAUGACUGUAUUUGCUGCUUCAAAUAUCAGAGGAUGGAAUUACGAAGACUUGUCAAAGAUGUGAAAUUAGUGUCAGUGCUGCUUAGGACUGUUUAGGGUUUCAACAAUAUUUUGAAAUAUUUGUAUUUUCAUCAUGUAUCAGUCUAUCACAAUUCUGUAAUUGUUUAUUCUGUCAUUUAAUUGAUGUAUGCUGAAUAUCACAUCUGUUGUUUUGUCCAGCUCACUUUUAUGUACAUUGUAAUAUUGAAUGUUUUUGUUUGCAUAUUUCCGAUGUGUGAUUUUCCCAUUCCCUUCAGUAAAUCAUAAUGUGUAAUCUUUC